AUAAAAAAAAAAAAGUAUUAUAGAGAGAGAAGAACUCGAUCUAGAGAGAGAAAGAUAGUAAUUUCUGGUUCACUGUCAUCAUCCUCCUCCAUUUUUUCAAACGUCUCAUCUUUUGAAUCUCCGGUCGCCGGAACCCUCUCUAUCUACUUCGCCUUCUCUCGCUCUUAAUCUCCGGUCGCCGGAACCUUAUACUCAACUUAUUGAUCGAUAUUCAUGUUUCCUUGUUAGAUCUCUAACUUUUUUGUUUUGUACCAGCAUCUAGGGCUUCUCUCUCUUUGGAAAAUCGGAAUUUAGACUUGUUUUUCUCAUUUUUUUUUUCCAUUUUUCUCGGAGUGGAUUGAUCCGUUGAAACGAUGGAAGCGAUCGAAGAAUUGGCUCAGCUUUCCGAUUCGAUGCGGCAAGCUUCCGCGUUGCUUGCAGAUGAAGAUGUGGAUGAGAGUUCAUCGUCAUCAAAGCGGCCUUCUACUUUCCUCAACGUUGUGGCUCUCGGCAACACUGGGGCAGGUAAAUCUGCUGUCUUAAACAGUCUAAUUGGCCAUCCUGCUCUGCCAACUGGUGAAGGUGGUGCUACUCGAGCUCCCAUUUGCAUUGACUUGGCCAGGGAUGGUAAUUUAAGUAGUAAAUCCAUCAUGUUGCAAAUUGACAGUAAGAACCAACAGGUUUCUGCUAGUGCUCUUCGACAUUCUUUACAAGAUAGAUUGAGCAAAAGUGCUGGUAAAAGUCGUGAGGAAAUAUAUUUGAAGCUUGUCACAAGUACAGCUCCGCCUUUGAAAUUAGUUGAUUUGCCUGGAGUUGAUAAAGGAAGUUUUGAUGAUUCCUUGAGCAACUAUGUGGAACGCAAUGAUGCAAUACUGUUGGUGAUAAUAUCUGCUGCCCAAGCACCAGAAAUUUCCUCAUAUAAAGGCCUCAGGUUGGCGAAGGAGUAUGAUGGAGAAUAUACCAGAACUAUUGGUGUGAUUAGUAAAGUAGAUCAAGCUUCUUCUGAUCAGAAAGCCCUUGCAGCUGUCCAAGCCCUGUUAUCGGGUCAGGGACCUAGAAGUACAGUUGAUAUUCCAUGGGUUGCUUUGAUUGGACAGACUGUUUCUAUAGCAUCUGCACCAUCCGGAAAUGUGGGAUCAGACAACUCAUUGGAAACUGCUUGGCGAGCUGAGAGUGAAAGUCUAAAAUCUAUUUUAACUGGAGUACCUCAGAGCAAACUUGGUAGACUAGCUCUAGUGGAAACUCUUGCUCAGCAAAUACGCAGCCGUAUGAAACUCAGGCUUCCAAACCUCCUUUCAGGGCUUCAAGGGAAGUCCCAGAUAGUACAAGAUGAAUUAGUAAGACUUGGUGAACAGAUGGUUAGCAGCUCAGAAGGUACAAGAGCUUUGGCAUUAGAGCUGUGUCGUGAAUUUGAGGAUAAAUUUCUCCAGCACAUUACUUCAGGGGAGGGUAGUGGUUGGAAAGUGGUUGCAAGUUUUGAGGGCAAUUUUCCUAAGAGGAUUAAAGAACUCCCAUUGGACAAACAUUUUGACCUAAAUAAUGUUAAAAGGAUCGUGCUGGAAGCAGAUGGUUAUCAGCCCUAUCUUAUAUCCCCAGAGAAAGGGUUGAGGUCCUUGAUCAAGGGUGUCUUGGAGUUGGCAAAAGAACCUUCUCGCCUUUGUGUUGAUGAGGUGCAUCGUGUGCUUGUGGAUAUUGUUUCAGCAGCAGCAAAUGGUACCCCAGGUCUGGGAAGAUAUCCUCCUUUCAAAAGAGAGGUUGUUGCAAUUGCAAGUGCUGCAUUGGAUGGAUUUAAGACUGAAGCGAAAAACAUGGUCGUCGCACUUGUAGACAUGGAGCGUGCAUUUGUUCCCCCACAACAUUUCAUACGCUUGGUACAGAGGCGGAUGGAUAGACAAAGAAGGGACGAAGAGCUGAAGAACACUAAAUCUUCUAAAAAAGGCUCGGAUGCAGAGCAGUCUCUUCUAAAUAGAGCCUCUAGUCCACAAACUGGAGACAAGCAAACUGUAGGCAGUUUAAAAUCAAUGAAAGAUAAACCUAGUCAGCAAGAUAAGGAUGGACAAGAGUCCUCAAGCUUGAAAACUGCUGGGGCUGAUGGUGAAAUCACAGCAGGGUUUUUAUUGAAGAAAAGUGCAAAAACUAAUGGGUGGAGUAAACGCUGGUUUGUGCUAAAUGAGAAAACUGGAAAGCUUGGAUACACCAAGAAGCAGGAAGAAAAACACUUCCAUGGUGUGAUCACUUUGGAGGAAUGUAAUAUUGAAGAGGUUCCUGAAGAAGAAGAAGCUCCAUCAAAGAGUUCCAAGGACAAGAAGGCGGCAGCAAAUGGACCAGAUGCUGGGAAACCGACUCUUGUAUUCAAGAUUACUAGCAGGAUUCCUUACAAGACUGUUUUAAAAGCUCACAGUGCUGUCCUGCUAAAGGCUGAGAGUGUGGCUGAUAAAGUUGAAUGGUUAAACAAGUUAGGAAACGUAAUCCAAAGUAAAGGGGGUCAGUUGAAGACUGACUCUAGUGCUCCAAUGCGGCAUAGCCUUUCUGAUGGAUCUCUUGAUACAAUGGUUAGAAGACCUGCAGAUCCAGAAGAAGAACUUAGGUGGAUGGCACAAGAAGUGAGAGGAUAUGUUGAAGCUGUUUUGAACAGCCUUGCUGCAAAUGUCCCUAAAGCUGUGGUUCUUUGCCAAGUGGAGAAAGCCAAGGAAGAUAUGCUUAUUAAGCUUUAUAGUUCUGUGAGUGGUCAAAGCACUGCAAGGAUAGAAGAGCUACUACAGGAAGAUCAAAAUGUAAAGCGCAGAAGGGACAAAAUUCAGAAACAGUCGGCUCUUCUCUCUACCCUCACUAGACAAUUGAGCAUUCAUGAUAAUCGUGCUGCUGCUGCUUCCAGUAUGCUCGACAGUAGCGCAGGAUCUGAAAGUAGUCCAAGAACAGGGAAUGGAGCAUCUUCAGGGGGUGAUGACUGGAGAUCUGCAUUUGACGGGGCUUCAGGUGGUAGCUCGUCGUUUGGAAGUGCGAAUGGUCACAAUCGCAGGAAUAGCGAUCCUUCUGAAAACGGCGAAUCAGGGUCUAAGUCUGGUAGUCGUCGCACUCCAAACCGACUUCCACCAGCUCCACCACCUUCUUAUAGGUAAAACAAAUUCUGGAAGGGCGAUUGAUUUUUGAUUGAUUGAUUGAUUAUUGUUGUGGUGAUGAGUCGAUGCGUCGUAUCUUUCUUACACUUGUACUAAAAACAAACUAUUAGCAAUCCAGCCAGCCAGCCAGCCCAGCUCAGAGCCCCUCUUUUUAUUAUUAUUAUUAUUAUUGUAGAAUUGAAUUGAAAUGAAAAUAUGUUAUGUGGCUAUGUGCUUGUCACACACUCACUGACUCAUCUUUGUAGAUAUAGAGACACCACCACCUGCCACUCUUCUUCAAUUUCAUAUUUUAUGGAUUUUUGACUCUUUUUCACUUAUGUAUUAUGGCAACAGCCAAUUUGUAUUCUUUAAACAACUUUUUAUUCCCUUUGUAUUCUUCAGUCUGUUGCUUUGCUUUCUUUUUUAAUCUAUUGAAACUUUGUAAUAAUGCUAUUGUUGUUAUUAAUGUCAAUUUCUUUUUUGACUU